GGCCAGGGAGAGAGUAACCUACUUUCAGAACUAUUGGGUACUUGGUCAUACUUUAGGUUCUGAUUAGACAUGGCGUACCUUUAGGAUUGACGUCCCAAAUUCCACAACAAGAAGAAGAAGGUCCCCUGUAGAUCAGAAACGUUCCAGUCCAGUGGCGUCACCAGCACAGACGAUACUAUAUCAACAGACUGACCUGCUGAAGACUGACUGUUACAAACUGUUCUAGUCCAGACUGUUAUUUCAAGUCAACAGAGACAGCCAAUGGCAGUCUACCCGUCUCAUCAUGGAAACAAUGGAGCCGGUGGCCAACCGACAGAGCCCAGCCGAAGCAUUGGACGAGUGGGCCAGCGAGGUUUGGUGGACGGAGGAGGGCGAAAUGGACCCCACUCUGGCCCAGGACACUAUCCCUCCUCACCCGUUGGUCAAACAGGCACCCAGGGCAAAGUCAGAAGACCUGGSGUCGGAAUCUCCAGAUGCUCCAGAGCCUAGACCUCAAGUGUCUCCCUCAAGUGAGAACCUUACAGACUCAACAAACAAAAUGGCAGGAGUGGUUCCUAAAAUGGAGCAGGAGGCACUUUCUGGGGUAAAUCAGGUGCCUAGUAGUAGAAUCCAGGUGGGUGAUAGUGAAUUGGAACAAGACCUUAAAAUGAUAGAUGACAAUCACUGUGAGAUGGAAGAUGCCGUUGCUUUUCGGUCACCUCUUGCCUGCACUGACCAAGCCUCACCUGCAGAGGGCGCUCCAGAGACUCAGACAUAUCCAUUGGAGGAGGAAGAAGAAGAAGAGGAGACCAUUGACUGUAUCAGUGAUGGUAAGGUGGAGGUGAUCUCUAACCCUGUAGAGGAGGAAAUGUCGUCAUCUGACAGCCAGGGUAGCCAGGAGUGGCCCUCGAGAUCUCACCUUGAUGACGUUGUGGAGGAAGACAAAGAAGAAGAAGAUGGUGRCAAGAAAGACAAAGUAGAGGAGUUUCAGUCUGUUGAGAUGAUGGAAAAUGGCGCUGUGCGGUUGGAGUUGAAUACAGAGUGUUCAGCUAGUAGUGAACUUGAGCAGGGGCUGUCAGAGACGGUGUGUGCUACAGAGCAGYUAGCUGACAAGCAAGAGGUUAGUGAGUGCCCAAUCAGUAGUGACAGAGAGAAGACAAUGUCAGACAAUAACAACCAUGAUACUAUGAAGGCUGCUGAAACUAGCACUACCACCCACUCUCCACUAAAAAGAGAGAGUUCCGAUGACAUAUUCUCUGAGUCCCCAGAAAACCCUGAAUCAGCUUWUGCCGGUGAUGGAGAGGAGAACCWGAGUGUUGACUCCAAGCCUUUAGACAUCAGCUCAGCCCGGAGGCAGUGGGUUAGGCUGGACAGUACCAGAAGCAAAGCCCCUCAGCCUGACCAAUCCAACUCCUCUAGAUCCUCCUCUUSUAGCCACCUAGUAGACCUGGCUCAGCCCCRYGGUGUAGUUACACCASAUAAACAGCAGGGGGAGCAGUUGUUACYAAAUGUCACUGCUGCCCUGACGCAUCAUAGUAACCAGGAAGUGGCAGCACAACAGGUGUUCAAGGGAGCAACUCCGGCUCCGCCCCUGGCGACGGUCGCCAAGGAGCCAGCUAAUCAGGUCAAGGCAGAUCUCCUUGGCUCUGGCUGUGUUGUAGUGAAAGAGCAGGCGGGUGGAGAGAGAGAGGAGGGAAAGAGGGAGGGAGACAACAGGCAAACAYGUGGAGAGAGAGGGCAUAGAGCGAGUGGACUUGGCGCAGCGGGCGAGGCAGACAGGAAGAAAAGAGUGAAACYGAGCGAAGAAAAGAGGACAAACCCUGGGUUGUUGAUGUCGAGAGACAGUCACAGCAAAGCUUCCAAGAUGAAGUUGGGAGGGGACUUGUUCGAUGACAGCCAGAGUGACAGCGGCGUAUCUGCCGACUUCUCCCCUGGUAGUACCGUGGAGCUCCAAACCACCACCUCCACCCUCACCUCUCCUCCUGCCGACGAGACCCCCAUCGAGAGGGAGAUCCGUCGGGCAGUGCAGCGUGAGCAGUCCCUCAGGAGAUCCAGGGGCCUCCACAACAAGCCGCCCACCCAGGAAUAUGUGGACAUCCCCCUAAGGAAGUCAGUCUUGACUGAGACCCUGCCUUCCAAAUUGGACAAGAGCCAGGGGGGGAAGGACCGUCAGUUUGCGGGGAAGAAGAUGCAGAAGGAGAUCAGUGUAGAGACCCAGAGGGAACAGGUCCUGGUUCAACUAGGGAAAGUUAGAGGUUCCUAUGACAAGGGGACAGUACGCCAGCUCAAGGAAAGGAAGAAGUUAUUUGAAGCUUUCCAGGAGCCCAAGGAGACAUCCUUGAUGAUAUUGUCCCAGAGCAAGGCACCCUCCUGGGCUUCGGCGAGUGACCUCUCCACCCUGGAGAUCCAGGGGAACGACGCUUCAUCUGUGUCCUUUGUCGGAGGCUCGUUUGGGGAGAGAAGACGUAGUAGCCUGGAGCUGAUGUCCCAGAGCCCCUCUGGAACAKCUAAAGGCAUCACCUACACCCCUCAUGGGGCCCCUGUCCCCCGGGGCCCCACUCUCUCCGAGAGCACCGGGGGCCAGAUCAUCAUCCUGGAUAACCACCACCACCUGGUUCUUCCCGCUCCGGCCCACGUCCACCACGUCUCCAAGCCCCUCAGGCACUCCCACAGUACGGGCACGCUCACCGAGACACAGGGCCUCACCGUGGUCGACUCCGCUUCCAUAUACUCCUCAACCAGUGCACUCAGCGGAGAAGAGAGAAGGGUUUUUUGGAGGGAUGAGGAUGGAGGGAGGAUGGAUCAGGAGGAGGAGGAGGAGGAGGAGGAGGUUCCAAAGGAGAACCCCUUCUUCAAGCUGCGCUCCUCAUCGGUGUCUCAGGACAAGGUGGAGCAGGAUAUCCGGGAAGCCAGGGAGAGAGAGAAGGAGCUGCGGAGGCAGAGGAGCAGUCUGUACGGGGGAGGAGGAGGAGGAGGAGGGGGGAGGCCAGCCAGUAGGGAGGUACAGAGUCCCACUUCUCCUCCUCCUCCACCUCUACUUCUACAGAACGGACUGGCGACCCCUGAACUAUCUGUCACCCCCAUCAUCGCGGACACCUCCUGCAACACCAACAAGUGUUAG